AUGGAUAUUCCCAAGACGUUCAAGCAAGCCAUUUUCAAGGAAAAAGGUGCCCCGUUGGUCCUCGAAGAGGUGCCAAUGACACCUCCGGGAAAUGGGGAAGUGUUGGUGAAGGUGCAGGCCUGUGGUGUAUGUCAUUCUGAUGUAUUUGUACAGAACGAUGGCCUGGGCGGCGGCCUCCCUCGAGUUCCAGGACACGAAAUUAUCGGGCACGUGGCUGCAACUGGUGAAGGAGUGACACAGUGGAAAGUUGGUGAUAGGAUUGGAGGAGCAUGGCAUGGCGGUCACGACGGCACUUGCAGGCAGUGCAAGAAGGGCUAUUACCAAAUGUGUGAUAACGAAUUGGUCAAUGGUGUCAACAAGGGAGGUGGUUGUAUGUAG